AUGAUUUCACAAGAUCAUUCCAAGUUGGACUCAGAUAUAAUUGCUGAGGCUAUAAGGCCAUUGGUCGAGACGGACCCGUCCAUCAAGGUAAAAUCUAUAAUUGCGGAAGUCCAGUCAAGGUUCAACUAUACCAUCAGUUACCGAAAGGCUUGGUUGACAAAGCAGAAGUCCAUAGCCAAUGUUUUCGGUGGUUGGAAGGAUUCUUACCAAGUUGACGGCACACACCUAUAUGGAAAAUACAAAGAUACACUUCUAGUCGAUGUUGCACAAGAUGGGAACCAGAACAUUGUGCCUAUCGCCUUUGCCUUGGUGGAAGGGGAGGCAGCUGAUGCGUGGCACUUCUUUCUCAGGAAUCUGCGAAUGUAUGUUGUUAGAAAAGACGGUGUGGGUAUGAUCUCAGACCAACAUGAGUCAAUACGGGCAGCAGUAAAUCGUUCCAGUGGUGACUGGCAACCUCCAAGAGCAUGGUGGAUGUUUUGUAUAAGACACAUCAGCAGUAACUUCUUAAGGGCAUUCAAAGUCCCUCACUUGCAAAAGCUUGUUGUCAACAUAGGGUAUUCAAGAAUGGUGGAGGAGUACAAUAUCAACUAUAAGAGGUUGGAAGAGCGAGGCGAGGCAUAUGCCAGGUGGUGCGAUGCCAUUGGACUCAGACAUUGGGUAUUGGCAUUCGACGAGGGACAUCGAUGGGGCCAUAUGACAACGAACCUUGUCGAGUGCAUUAACUCAGCGUUGAAGGGUGCCCGUAAUCUACUUGUGUUGGCGCUGGUCCGAGCAACAUAUUAUAGGUUAAAUGAAUUUUUUACGCGGAAGAGUUCCGAGACUCACGAACGCAAGCGUGCUGGAUAUACGUACUUCGCAUUUGCGCAACAGCGGAUAGAAGCAAGUAUGCAACAUGCUGGGAAUAUAGUUGUGCACCACUUUGAUAGACGAAAUGAGGUGUUUGAGGUUGAACGAAUACCAUGUCGCCAUGUUAUUGCUUGCUGUGCUAACCAGCGUCUCGAUUGGCAGUUGUAUGUGCAUGAUGUGUACAAGAUGACGGAGUUGAUGCUUUUGAAACUAGACGUGUUUGUGUUUUUCAAUUGA